UUGGCUCUAAUUUUUAUCAGAUCUGUUUAAUGUUUAACAGCACUAAUUAAGCAGAAGAUUAUGUACUAGUAUAAGUAACAGUGUGGGGAACAACAUGGUCAGCUGAAUGCAACGAGGCUUCUGAUUUUAAUAAUUUCAAAAGAAGAUGAAGUGUAUCCUGUGCCUGUGUUUACUCCUUGCUGUUCUUUGUGCUGUAACCCAUUGCCGCCAUGAAGAUAUUUGCCAUGAAGUCAACAAUACUAAUCUGCAAGACGGAACUGAAAAUUUAUUAACACAUAACUGUGACAAGCAAGGCUCAAACUAUGCAGAUUUUGUAUUUAGAUUUUACAAGCAGGCUAUAUCAAAGGAAGCUGAUGAAAACGUUUUCUUUUCUCCCAUAAGCAUCUCCACUGCAUUUGCCAUGCUGGCUCUUGGUGCUAAGUCAACCACCCUGUCUCAGAUUUUUGGAGGACUGGGCUUUGACGAUCUGACUGAGGCUCGCAUACAUGAAAUACAUGACAGUUUUCACAAAGUUUUAUCCAUACUGAACUGUGCUGAUGCUAAUAUCACAUUAAAUAUAGGGAAUGCCAUUUUUAUAGCUACUGGGUAUGAACCACAGGAGUCAUUUUUACAAAAUAUCAAACAAUUUUAUGAUGCAGAUUUUUUUUAUAGCGAUUUCCAUAAACCAGAAGAAACUAAGAAGCAAAUCAAUAAAUAUAUAGAGGAGAAAACCAAGGGGAAAAUUCCUGAAUUAGUUGGUCAUCUUGAACCAAGUACUGUACUGGUUCUAACUAACUACAUUUAUUUUAAAGCUGCCUGGGAAAAGUCUUUUGAUCCUUUGCGUACAUAUGAGGAUGAUUUUUUCGUGAACACAAAUGCAUCUGUUAGAGUCAACAUGAUGCAGUAUGACAAUAUCACUAACAGUUACUACGACCAGGAUCUCUCCUGUGAGGUGAUAGAGCUGCCUUACCAGGGCACUGCACGAGCAUUGCUCAUUCUGCCUGAUGAUGGAAAGAUGAAGCAAGUGGAAGAUGCUCUCUCCAAGGAAACUCUUUGUAAAUGGAAUAACAAACUUAUGCCCAGGAGAUUAAAUCUGCAGUUACCGAAGUUUUCUAUUAGUGGGUCUUACGAUGUUAAAAACCUGUUUGAGAAAAUGGGUAUUACUGAAGUGUUCUCAGGUAAUGCUGAUCUGUCUGGAAUUAGUGGCAGCCAUAAUCUCCAGGUUUCACAAGCAAUUCACAAGGCCCUGCUGGAAGUUGAUGAGGCUGGAUCUGAAGCUGCAGGAGCCACUGCUGUAAUCUCUGCCAGAUUUCUGUAUCCUUCUGUUACCAUCAAAUUCAACAAGCCCUUCCUUAUUUUGAUCUAUGACAAGCUAACUGGCACUACACUUUUCAUGGGGAAAAUUGUUGAUCCUACUAAAAAGUAAUUGCUGAGUUAUUUGGCAUAUUGGUGUUGGGCACGAGUUGUAAUGGGUACAGUGUUCACAUUCAUGGGCUAGUUAGUGCUACUAACUACUCUCUGAUUGAGGGAUAUUCAGAAGUAAAUGAGGAAUUCUCGUCAAAUUAAUAAGCAAAAAAUUAU